AAUUGUAAAUUGUAAUUAUCGCUAUUCCUUGGAAGCCGCCAAGUAAUCUUAUACACCGUGUCAACGUUGACCUCAAGAAUUGUUAACACGUUACGCCAUCUCAUAUUUUAUAUAGUUUUAUACUCGCUUUCAAUUAAAAAAAAGAAAAACAAAAAUUUAUCUCUUUCUCUCUCUUGCAAUCUCCGCUCUCUCUCUCUUCUCUCUCUAAAACCGUUUCUUCGCAACUCAUCCGAGAUCAGAUCACAAAAAUGGAGACUCGAACUCUGGAAAUCACGCUUCAAUCCGGGAGAGAUUUGAACAAAGUCAAUCUCAUCACGAAAAUGGACGUCUACGCCGUCGUUUCGAUCUCCGGCGGCGACAAGAGCUCCAAGCAGAAGACCAGGACACCGGUGGACCACGACGGCGACGCCAACCCCACUUGGAACUUCACGAUGAAGUUCACCGUGGAGGAGGCGGCGCUGCAGAUGAAUCGCCUCACCCUCGACUUCAAGCUCGUCUGCGAGCGGGCGUUGGGCGACAAGGACGUCGGCGAGGUCAACGUCCCGAUCAAGGAGCUUCUCGAUUCUCCGGCGACGGCAGCCGCCGACGGCAAGAAAUUCGUCAGCUACCAAGUCCGGAAACCCAGCGGAAAGCCCAAGGGCCAGCUCACUUUCUCCUGCAAAUUCAGCGAGAAAACCGCCGCCGCCUCCUCAGCUCCGCCGUACCCCCCGGCGGCGGCACCGGCGGGGAAGGGUGAUUUUGGGACUUAUACAGCGAAUCCUGCCGGAACUAGCUCCGGUUAUCCGCCGGUUGGAUCUUACCCGCCGCCGGCGGGGUACCCAAAAACGGAGGGGAAUGGCCAUUAUCCGCCGGUCGGAUCUUACCCGCCGCCGGCGAAUCCUGCCGGAACUAGCUCCAAUUAUCCGCCUGCCGGAUCUUACCCGCCGCCGGCGGGAUAUCCGGUAAAGGAGGGGAGUGGCCAGUAUCCGCCGCCGGCGGGUUACCCCGUGGUUGAGGGAGGUGGACAUUAUCCGCCGGUGUAUCCCGCGGCUGCGAAUGGAAGCGGAAGCUAUCCGCCGCCGGCAGGGUAUCCUCCGGUUGGCGAUACUCAUAAGCCAGCAGAAGGAUAUCCUCCUCAACCUCCGGCGGGGUACGGAUAUCCGGCGCCGCCUCCUCCGGGUUACGGGUAUCCGGCACCGCCCCCGCCCGGGUACGGGUACCCGCCGCAGCAGGGUUACGGGUAUCCGCCACCGCCGGUUCAGCAGCCAAAGAAGAAAAAUAAGUUUGGGUUAGGAAUGGGGGCGGGACUGCUCGGCGGCGCUCUCGGCGGAUUGUUGAUCGGUGAUAUGAUUUCCGACGGGGCUGAUUUCGACGGUGGAUUUGAUGGCGGGUUUGAUUUCUGAUCUUAAUUAAUAACGUGGAAUUUUAUGUUGCUUGUCAAAUUUUGUUUUUUAGUUUUUAAGUGAUGUAUAUUGUGAAUUUGUGACGAAGCAAUAUUUACUUUUGAUUCGGGUAAUAUUCAUAACGCCACGUUUGAUUUAUGUAUGAACCUUUUGAUGUAAUCAUCUUAUCUUGUGGGAUUGGAGGUUGGGAACACUUCCCAAGAUUUUAAUUA